GAGGGUGCAGCGUCCAGGGACGUCUGGAGGGGGCACAGUCCCCGCUGUGGAUGGAGAAGCUCUAGCUUUGCCAUCAGGAGGGGACAGAUGGACAGAAGGCUGAGCGGCCUCUCCUUCCCCAGGCUGAGCACCAUGGGUGCCCACGUGCACCCCCACUUAGGGUUCUGCCUCUGGCUGUGGCUGGGUGUCACCCUGGGACUUGGCCAGGAACAAGCAAAUGGCCGCCUGAAGCUAGCUGUGCUGCCCGAGGACCAGCUGCAGAUCAAGUGGACGGAGUCGGAGGGGGGUGGCCUUGGCUACCUGGUGCAGGUGAAGCCCAUGGCAGGGGACGUGGAGCAGGAGGUGAUGCUGACCACCAAGACCCCCAAGGCCACAGUGGGAGGCCUGAGCCCCUCCAAGGGGUACACCUUGCAGAUCUUUGAGCUCACCGGCUCAGGGAACGUCCUGCUGGCUCAGAGGGAGUUUGUGAUCGAGGAUCUGAGGAGUCACUCUGCGAGCAGAAGCAGCUGGAGGCCCCUGGGGGCAGCUCUGGAGCCCACACCUUCCCACAUGGGGAGCCCGGACCCUGACCCCCGAGUCAUCUUGGCCCCAAGCCAAGACCCGCCCGCUCUGGGUGGGUCCAGGUGGGGUGAGGGAUUUCCUGGCAAGGAUCAACGCUCCCCCAGAGGCCCCGGGGGAAAGGCCCCUGCUCAGCUCAGCCCAGAAAGGCCCAGCCGCCCCAGGACGCCUGUGAGAAACAGAGAGACGCCAGCUGGCCUCCAGUUCCAUUGCAUGCCUCCCACACCCACCGACAUGAUCUUCCUAGUGGACGGGUCUUGGAGUAUUGGCCACAGUCACUUCCAGCAGGUCAAAGACUUCCUGGCCAGCAUCAUCGAGCCCUUUGAAAUUGGGCCGGAUAAAGUCCAAGUAGGCCUGACUCAGUACAGUGGAGACCCCCAGACCGAGUGGGAACUGAACACCUUCAGCACCAAGGAAGAGGUGCUGGCAGCCGUGCACAGCCUCCACUACAGAGGGGGAAACACAUUCACAGGCCUGGCCCUGACCCAUGUGCUGGAGCAGAACCUGAGGCCUGCAGCAGGUCCCCGCCCAGAGGCAGCCAAGGUGGUGAUUCUCGUGACGGACGGCAAGUCCCAGGACGAUGCCUGUGCUGCUGGCCGCAUCCUCAAGAGCCUGGAUGUCGACAUCUUUGCUGUGGGUGUGAAGAAUGCUGAUGAGGCUGAGCUGAGGCUCCUGGCGUCCCCGCCACUGGACAUCACCGUCCACCACGUGCAGGACUUCCCCCAGCUCAGCACACUGGCUGGCCUGCUCAGCCGCCUAGUUUGCCAGCAGGUCCAGGGCAGGAGCCCACGUCCCGGCCCAGUUAAACCGGCAGCAGCCCCUCCAACCCUGGACCCCCUCUCCGCUCCCACCAGCCUAGUCCUGACCCAGGUGACCUCCUCCAGCGUCCACCUGUCCUGGACUCCAGCCCUGCAGCCGCCACUCAAGUACCUGGUGGUGUGGCGGCCUUCUAGGGGUGGUGCCCCCCAGGAGGUGGAGGUGGAUGGGCACAGCACGUCCACGGAGCUGCAUGGCCUGGCCUCCGGCACAGAGUACCUGCUGUCCGUGUUCCCCGUGUAUGAGGCAGGGGUGGGUGAGGGCCUACGGGGCCUGGUGACCACAGUGCCUCUGCCUCCGCCCCAGGCACUCGCCCUGGCCACAGUGACGCCCAGGACCAUCCACCUCACCUGGCAGCCCUCGGCGGGGGCCACCCAAUACCUGGUGCGGUACUCGCUGGCCUCCCCCAAGGGCGAGGAGGAGGGCAGAGAGGUGCAGGUUGGGCAGCCGGAGGUGCUGCUGGGUAGCCUGGAGCCGGGCAGGGACUAUGACAUCUGGGUGCAGAGCCUACAAGGUGCACAGGCCAGUGAGGCCCGGGGCAUCCACGCCAGGACCCCUCCCCUGGCUCCCCCCACACCCUUGAUCUUCUCAGACGUGAGCCAUGACUCGGCCCGUGUGUCCUGGGAGGGCACCCUGAGGCCGGUGCAGCUGUUCAGGGUCAGCUACUUGUCCAGCAAGGGCAGCCACUCGGGGCAGAUAGAGGCUCCUGGCAAUGCCACCUCGGUCACCCUGGGCCCCCUCUCCUCCUCCACUACCUACACUGUCCGCAUCACCCGCCUCUACCCUGGGGGUGGCUCCUCCACCACGACCGGCCGCCUGACCACACGGAAAGUCCCCGGCCCGAGCCAGCUGUCCGUGACAGAGCUCCCUGGGGAUGCGGUCCGGCUGGCGUGGGCGGCCGCAGCGGCGUCCGGGGUGCUGGCCUACCAGAUCAAGUGGACGCCUCUGGGGGACGGGAAGGCCCAUGAGAUCUCCGUCCCGGGGAGCCUGUGCACGGCCGUCCUGCCCGGCCUGGGGGGGCCCUUGGAGCACGAGAUCACCAUCCUGGCCUCCUACAGGGAUGGGGCCCACAGCGACCCCGUGUCCUUCCACUACAGCCCCCGAGUCAGCCGGAGCCCACCCUCCAACCUGACCCUGGCUUCUGAGUCACCAAACAGCCUACGGGUCAGCUGGACGCCCCCCACUGGCCACGUCCUCCACUACCGGCUCACGUACAUGCUGGCCUCAGGCUCCGGACCAGAGAAAUCAGUCUCUGUUCCAGGACCCAGGAGCCAUGCGAUGCUCCCUGACCUGCUGGCAGCCACCACGUACAGGGUCCUGGUCUCAGCAGUGUACGGAGCAGGAGAGAGUGUGGCAGUGACUGCCACAGGCCAAACGGCAGCCUGCCCAGCCCUCCACCCAGAUGGCUCCCUUGCAGGCUUUGACCUCAUGGCGGCCUUUGGGCUUGUGGAGCGGGAGUAUGCCUCCAUCCGCGGGGUGGCCAUGGAGCCCUCUGCGUUUGGCUCGACCAGGACCUUCACACUCUUCAGGGACGCUCAGCUGACACGCCGAGCCAGCGACAUCCACCCGGCCGCCCUCCCGCCUGAGCACACAGUCGUCUUCCUCCUGCGCCUCCUCCCCGAAACGCCCCGCGAGGCCUUUGCGCUGUGGCAGAUGACAGCCGAGGACUUCCGACCUGUCCUCGGGGUCCUGCUGGACGCAGGCAGAAAGUCCCUGACCUACUUCAGCCACGACCCCAGGGCGGCCUUGCAGGAGGUGACCUUUGACCUGCCUGAAGUGAGGAGGAUAUUCUUCGGGAGCUUCCACAAGGUGCACGUGGCCGUGGGACACUCCAAGGUCCAGCUCUACGUGGACUGUAGGAAGGUGGCCGAGAGGCCCAUCGGGGAGGCGGGCAGCCCUCCCGCCACCGGCUUCAUCACGCUGGGGAAGCUGGCCAAGGCCCGGGGCCCCCGGAGCAGCUCGGCUGCGCUGCAGCUCCAGAUGCUGCAGAUCGUGUGCAGUGACACCUGGGCGGAGGAGGACAGGUGCUGCGAGCUCCCUGCGUCGAAGAACAGAGAGACCUGCCCUGCCUUCCCUCCCGCCUGCACCUGCUCCUCGCAGAUACCUGGGCCCCCGGGACCCCAAGGGCCUCCAGGCCUCCCUGGCAGGAAUGGAGCCUCAGGACAGCAGGGCUUCCCAGGACCCAGGGGAGAGCCCGGGCCACCUGGACAGACCGGACCCAGAGGUCCUGGAGGUCAUCAGGGGUCACCAGGGACCCAGGGUCGAACUGUCCAGGGACCUGUGGGUCCACCAGGGGUCAAAGGAGAGAAGGGGGACCAUGGACUCCCGGGCCUGCAGGGCGACCCCGGCCACCAGGGCGACCCCGGGGAGGCGGGCCUCCAGGGUCCGAAGGGCAUGAGAGGCCUGGAGGGCACCGCUGGCCUGCCCGGACCCCCUGGACCUAGGGGCUACCCGGGCAUGGCGGGAGCCAGGGGGACCAGUGGGGAGCGAGGACCCCCAGGGACUGUGGGGCCCACGGGUCUGCCCGGGCCCAAGGGGGAGCGAGGAGAGAAGGGCGAGCCACAGUCCUGGGCCGCCAUCUACCAGCUUGUGAGCCAGGCCUGCGAGUCCAUCAUCCAGACGCAUGUGCGGAAGUUGGACUCCUUCCCCCACAAGAGUGCCCGGCCCCCCAUGCCCAUCUUGGAGGCCCCUGGGCUCCCUGGAGAAGGGGGAAAUGGUGGUUCCCGCCCUGAGGACAGAGCCCUGGCUCAGGUGGGCAGCCCUCAGCCACAGGGGAGCAAGAUUCCAGGAUCCUUGGGAGGAGCAGGGGGACCUGGCCUGGGGAGAGGAGGUACCGGAGGCCGUUCUCCCUGCUGCCUGGAGUGACCUGCACCUCUUCCCUGGAGUCUCAGAGGAGCCGGAGAGUGUGGGAGGAGCUGGAGGCGGGCGGAUGGGCAGCGAGGGCGGCACCUCUCCUCUGUACCCUUCCCUCCGCCCCAUAAACCUCAUCAUGGAGUCAGACUCCCACCUUCAA